AUGGCUAUCCUCAGUCAGCGUUCAUGUAAGACUCACUGUUACAAGUCCAUAUUUCUUGCUGCCGCUAACGGAUGUCUGCCCGUGGCCAGUUGGCGUCAUGUUGUGCCAGCUCUCGUCGGCAAGGUAGCUCUGUUCAUCCCGGAGCUGCCUGGAUAUGGAAUUAGCAGCCCGGCACACAAGCACUCCAAGCUUGACAUUGGCAGAGCUCUCCUCGAGGCACUGGAGAAGACUUUUGACAUUGGGAAGUCUUCGCCUCGGAACGUCAUCCUCGGAGGACACGAUCGAGGGGCGAGAAUAUGCCACAGGCUCGCAGUCUCACGGGCGGAGUUUACGUCUAUCAACGUCGUUGCCACCAUCCUAUUAGACAUUGUGCCGACCAAGAUUCAGUGGGACAAGUUUCAAAAUCCAGCGAUUUGCCAAGGAUAUUAUCACUGGCCCCUGCUUGCAAAUGUUGACAUCGCCGUUAAGUUGAUAUCUGCAUACGGCGGCGCGCAGUGGUGUCGCGAUGCACAUUCACGGCUUGCCAGUAGCGAGGAGGGUGCUCGGCGAAUCCAAUCAGGCAAUGCGGUGGAUGUAUAUGCAGCAUUGUUCGACAAGGAGGAAACAUUACGAUACAGCGCCGAGGAUUACGCCGCUGGUGCCGCUCCAGAGUAUGCCGAACAGGUGGAGGAUCAGAAGGCGGGGCGCAAGCUUGAUGUUCCGACCAUGGUGAUGUUCUCAAAAGCAGGUCUCGGCUCGAGGAUUGAUGUGGCGGAGGAGUGGAGAGACUGGAUCACAGCCGGAACCACUUACGAGCCUGUUCCUAUCGGAAAUGGUUACGGUCAUUACCUCCCAGAGGAAGCUCAUGAUCUUGUUUCAGAUCAUAUUCAGUCAUUUAUCCAAAAGUUUCUGUGA